AUGGUGUGUCCGUCAUGUCAGUUUUGGCCUCAGUUUUGCUUCUGCUUGAUUUGCAUGUGCGGUUGUUUUGCUGAAGUGCGGUACUCAGUUCCUGAGGAGAUGCGGAAAGGCUCUGUCAUCGGAAAUGUUGCAAGAGAUUUGGGAAUAGAUAUGUCCGAGCUCAUGAGACGCAACGCUCGAGUUGUUGCCGAAGAAAGCCGACAGUUUUGUGAGCUGAGAGCUGAAACGGGUUUGCUUUUAGCGAGCGAAAGAAUGGAUCGUGAGGAGCUUUGCGCACAGUCCGUUCACUGCAAACUACAAUUCCAGCUGCUUUUGGAGAACCCUCUCAAAGUGUACAGCCUCCUAUUGGAUGUCCAGGACAUCAACGAUAACAGCCCGGCGUUUGACAACGGUCAGAUUGAACUGGAGCUACUGGAAUCAACAGUCCUAGGGAGACGUUUCCCACUCGAAAGCGCUCGCGAUCCUGACAUCGGAGCUAAUUCUGUCCAUCAUUAUCAACUUAGCGAGAAUGAAUAUUUCGCUUUGGAGAUGAACACUCAGAUGGACAAUAAUGCGUAUCCUGAACUGGUCCUCAAAAAGCCUUUGGACCGAGAAAGCAAAGCUGAUCACUUUCUGACGUUGAGUGGAGUUGAUGGCGGCCGACCUUCCCGUUCUGGAACGGCGUCGAUUCACAUUCACGUUUUAGACGCCAAUGAUAACAUCCCAGUGUUUAGUCAGAGCGUUUACAAAGUCAGCAUAGAGGAAAAUUCAUCUAAAGGUUCUGUCCUGGUCAAAUUAAACGCCACAGAUUUAGACAGCGGGAUUUACGGGGUGGUUAGUUAUUCUUUCAGUCACGUUCCUGAUAAGACCAGAGGGAUUUUGGAGGUCGACCCUGUGACGGGGGAGGUCAGGAUCAAGGGUGCUUUGGAUUAUGAAGAGGCCAGUUCUCAUGAGCUGGAUGUGCAAGCUAAAGAUGGUGGCGGACAGUCAUCUCAUUGCAAAUUAAUCAUAGAUGUGAUAGAUGUAAACGACAACGCGCCUGUUAUUGCAGUUAAAUCAGCUUCAUCUUCAGUGCCGGAAGAUGCUGCACCAGGAACUAUGGUAGCUUUGCUACACGUUUAUGAUCUGGAUAUUGGUGGUCGCGUCAUAUGCAAACUAUCUGAUGAUGUGCCAUUCAAACUAGUAUCAGAAGUUAAGAAUUACUUCAUGCUUGUAAUUGAUGGCAGGUUAGACAGAGAAAAGUGUACUCACUAUAACAUAACCGUGACCGCAGUGGAUGCAGGAACACCGCCUUUAUUCAGCAGUAAAACUGUAGCCAUAACAGUCACAGACAUAAAUGAUAAUCCUCCUAUUUUUAGACAUGCAAACUAUAGCGUCCAGUUUGCUGAGAAUCAGCCUCAGGGAACCCCAGUGAUCAAAAUCAAAGCUGACGACGCGGACGAAGGGCAGAACGCUCGAAUAUUAUAUUCUCUCUCAGAAGACUCUGCUUUAUAUCUGUCUAUUAACACAGAAACUGGUGAGAUAUUUACUAUACGUCCUUUUGAUUACGAAGUAUCCACUCACUUCUACGCUCAGGCCAUGGCACGGGACGGAGGAAGGCCUUCAUUUACAAGCACAUGCACAAUCCGGAUUUACAUCACAGAUAUGAACGACAAUCCUCCGGUUGUGCUGUACCCAGUUCAGUUUGACGGGUAUGUUGCUGAUGAUAUUGUCCCCCGAGCUGCUCCUGCUGGUUAUCUGGUCACUAAAGUGGUUGCUGUUGAUGCAGACGCUGGACACAAUGCAUGGCUGUCCUAUCGGAUUGUAAAAGCCACGCAACCUAAUUUGUUCUCAAUCGGACUGCAUUGUGGAGAAAUUAGGACGCUGAGACCAUUUGCUGAAGAUGAUGAAAUCAAACAUGCUGUAUUAGUUUCUGUAAACGAUAACGGGCCUGAAUCUUUGUCUGCUACUGCAACGAUCAAUAUCAUGACUGAAAAUGAUUUGCCCGUCAUCGAUGAGCUUUUUGCACGUGGCAUUGAGGAGUCACACACACGCAAUGAUCUUAUUUUAUAUUUAAUAUUGGCUUUGGCUGGGGUGUCAAGUCUUUUCCUUGUGCUCAUCAUUUCGGUGAUCUAUAUGAAACUAUGUAAACACAGAUACAUGUACCGCUCCACUGCGAACUUACCCAUUUUUCCUCCUACCUGCGGUCCUCCUGGAUAUUCAGAUGUAAGCCGAUUCAAUACCCUGCAGAAGGAUGAUCGAUUUAACUCGUUUUUAACCACAGGAUCAUGGAGGGGAGACUUUAGAUUUGGAUCUGACUUCAUUGAUUUUGACAUGCAGAAUAAGAUUGGGACGUCAGUGCAUGUGGACGGCCGCAGUGCCACACGUGCCAAGCUCUUAGUGCCACAUAAAUUCUAA